AUGCAUGGAGGCAGUUCUGGGGUUUCUUGCGGCGACAGCUGUAGCGCGCUUGACGCAGAUCCCACGCGCUAUUCGCAGGGACAGGCACGGCCUCGGACAGCCGGUAAAUGUGCGCGGAAAGCAACUUCAGCUUUGCACCCGCCAUCCAAACCUGGAGGCCCGCCUGUCAGGAGCGCCAAUAUCAACGAUGACGGAGGAACUGUCUCCGGGGGCAUUUACCUUCGUCCGCAUGAACACUCUGUUGAGGCACCGUUGCGUCAAGAACCGUCAGCAGCGUUACCAAAGUUCUCGUUGCUGGACACCGACCCACAUGCUCAACGAAGCAGUUGCCGUUUCAAGGGUCUCCGCAGGGGUGUCUCUGCGGACCUCUUGAGUAUGCCUGCGAGUUGGUCUCCGCAUUUGCCAGGUACGUCUGCCGACCAUACAUCCACACACUGUCCCCCAGCAUGUUGCGGCCUUGGAGCAAGCUUGCAUCGCUCGACGAGUUGCCCCUGUUUGGCGUCUCACGUGGCGGAAAGACAGCUGACACACGACCUCGAUACAAGUCAAAUGAGGCUGCCGUACGCUUGCCCCAGUCGCCUACGUAUGAACCCUCCUCCAGCUGCAGGUGCUGGCACCACAGGCGUCACUCACAGGCCUCAACGGCUGGUCAGCGGCAUGUCAGCCGAUGCGCCGAACGUUCUCCACUCUCCUUCUCCAAGUUGCUGCAUCCACGGACAUGCCCCUGAUGGGUUUCCUAAUAAAGUGCAUUCUACGCCUUCUUUGGCGGCCCACUGUGUAGCGCCAGAGGGUGCAUACGUUUCACAGCAGGGACCGAUGCAAGCCAACGUCUGCAGCAUUCAGAGCCGGGUGGCACCUAAGGAUCAACCCAUCGGUGUCGUCUCUGUUGUCGACUCUCGUGAUUCUAUCGGUUCUACGAAGCGGCCGGCUCUUUUCUGCACAGGCUGUGCCUCUGCCAGCAGGACGUCAAUGCCGGAAGCAGAUGCACCAGCAAAUUAUGCCAUCCCUAACGCUGGCACACCGCCAAACGCAGACAGUUCCCUCGAUUUUCAAUUGAAGCCCCAAUCUAUUUGUAGCCCUGCAGAUGAAACGCAUGGCCGUAUUCCGUCCGGUGCGCGCGUACAUGGCUUACUGCCUCCGAGCGUUUCGCAUGAAGUUUCCGGUUCACAGCCAAACAACUGGAGUACGCAAGAGCAACACGAGAGCUACAACUCCUUAGAAGCCAGUAAUAACCUUCGUCACGUCUCUGAUCGCAGCCAAUACAGUUACAAUUUUGAAUCCUGCCGCCAACAGUCUUCGUAUCCAGUUUCAAGUUCAGCAUCGCUGAGAUCGUUUUCCGAGCCGGCGCAGAGUAUCUCGCACCGGCACCACCGCUUCGGAUCGGUUGCCACUCCGUCAGGUCAUCCGGGACCUCCACGGCCAUUUUUACGUGAAAGUGGAAGGCAAUUUGACCAGUGGUUUCCUACCCGCUGUCUUCCAAUGGCUCCUCGUUGCCUUGAGACAGACAGCCGUUUCCAUCCGUUAGCUUCUUCGGAAGGACCGUCCCAUGCGGUGUCAUCGCUCCAGCACCCGCAACAUACUUCAACUGACGAAGCAGUGGGUACACAGUCGUCUCUUUUUCUGGGUCCUCCCCGUCCGUCAGAGCUUCUUCACUCCUCUUCUCAUUCCAAUGGCGACCAAACGUUUUCACUGUCACAGGAGACGCGCACAGCGCUUUCUCCGCGUCGCCUUCAGUGCGUCGCGAAUUCACCAUUCCGAGGCUCGGGCCCUCUUGCCACGCAGUCUCGCACAGGUGACCGGACAGUAAGUGAUACAACCGGGACCCAAACUGCCGAGGGCGUCGCGGGUGACGGUUAUGUACCGAGUUGUGCUUUUCCCCAGUCGCCACGAAGAGGCAACUGCUUCGGAAACAGUCGCGAGUCUGACCUUCGAGAGUCUGGGACUCCUAGGUUAUCGCCCGCCUCCGGCCGUAAUCCGCAUGAAUAUGUCACUGCCACUGCUGGAGGGCAUCACGAUAGAAUGGUGCCCAUUUCUCUCACUUCGUUUGCCGCGCCUGGGGCCGCAUGGGUUACUGAGGUUAGACGGCAGCACGCUUCAGCGUCGGGUGCAUCACAUGUGUCCAAAAAAAGUCGCGGGGGAGUGGCGCACGCUGAAAAAACAUUAAUUCCUUCCCCUUUCUUGGGCCCCCCUUAUUCAUCUGUAGCGCAUCAUCCUCCCGGAGGUACUGGACGGAGUCCGGAAGAAAUCGGCUCUUUCGGAAUGGGGGAGCCAUGUUCUAGUGCCAUCUUGGAAAGACCCUCGAGCCCCAUAAGUUUCGGUGUGGAUCGCUCACCGCCAUGCACGAUCUUGAGAAAUAGAUCUCCUUCGUGCUCCACCGAUUUGCGGCAUCCCGGCGUAGAGGGGUCGAGCGGGGCAACGCGGCCGACUACGGAGGGCUCCUGCCAGCCGCUUAACAUGCCAGGUGCUGAAGAAUCAUUCUCCAAUCCAAAGUCGUCUCACAGGUCCUUCGAUGGAGAUGACGUUGAUUCCCAGACGGAAAUGUUUCUUAACAGCCGUGACACUGCCGGAACGAUCCAAAAGGUUCCCUCACAUCUUCACACAACUUCAGCACACACGAGCCCCAUCACAACCGUACCUCUGUUAGAAGGUUCCGCAUCUUCCCCCGUCCGUCGUGCACGGUCGCAGUCCAUGGAGCCGACGCGCGGACCCGCAAUCGACCGUGGAAGGAUCGCUGCCACACCUAGGAGUGAACGGAUGCGUUGCAUGUCUCCUCAGAGGCCCAUGACCCCGCUUCGCCUUCCCUCACCGGUCUUUGCCUGCACGCGUAAUGCACGCAAUGCACAGGAUCCACGAGCAAUUACGCGCAGAGCUUCUGACGAACGCCUAAGCGUGGAAGGUUGUACUCCAACGCAGACUCAAGAAUCACUCUGGGCGGCUCAGGAUGACACACGCCGUUCAAGGACGCAGACUCGAAACCGCAGUCUCAGUACGUCUUCUCGGCAUGCUACCGGUCCUCUAAUUGGCAGACUGACAACGAUCCCAUCGAAUGUAACGAGCGAUGCUCCCUCUCCUGCAUUGCAGACGGAACGGGCAAAGGCCCAACUCAACUCCAGCGAACAGUCGGGGCUUUUGACGACUUGGGAAGAGGCUCACAGGCCUCUCUCUCCACGUACUUCCACUCCCCAGCCUCGACCCUUGGAUAUCGUCAAUCAGUCUCCGCAACCGUCAUCCCGAGGAUGGCAGGGUCGUUCGCCUACCCUGGAAAUAGUACAGACAGGAGGUGCAGGAGGAGCCAACGAAAAAAACACUCUGACGUCGUCUAGCUGUGAGUCAUCGGCGGCCCAGACGCUGUCAGCUGGCUCGUUUGCUUCCCUCGCAGCCGCGGCCGCGGCAACGAGUGCAGAUGCAGCAGCCGAGUGGGGAGGCGUAAGCUCAGCACCUCAAGGCAGCACCUGCCUGCUCAGCAGUAUCUGGUCCCAUGAUUCAGGCCAGACAGGGUAUAUCGAUGACGAAGCGGACCAACAACCAACCGAUGGGCGCAGCAGAAGCGGCUUAAACGCGGGCGGUGCCUUGACAACCGACACAUCAAUUUCACGAGCUAUAGGGUCGGAGCCUCCGUGUUGCCUAGGUGAACCGCGACCGCGUGCAACCGGGGAAGCUGUCGAGAUUCAGGGUACGGCAGAUAAGUCCUUCUUCUCGACAUCUCCGAGUCGACUCGUGUCCUCUGGCGAAUGUGCUGCGCUAUCUUUUGAAGACACUGGAAGGAGCUCAUUGCCGCCAACACCUGCUCAACACACCGGAAAUGCCAACUCCACUCUUGCCAUCGAUGGUGACGAAAUGCCGAGCCACACUGCUUUUUCAGUCAACGAAGCGAGCACUAUAGGAAACAUUAGCCACCGAUCUCAAGGCAAUGGGUCACCAGCGGCAGGCUCCAGGCGCAGCGUGUCUCUGACAUCACAAACAGGGACGAGCCUUGCAGGUUCCAUCACUCGAAUGGCUUCGCACACUCCUGUAUCUCGUGUUUCAACUCCAAGAUCACGCUCGGCUUCCCGCGGCUCUGAACGAGCUUCACUGUACGGACAGUCACCGGUUUCCCCGCGGCCGGCGCGCAUACAGGAGCCGUCGCCUUCUGCACAUCCAUCACUAUCGGAUCCGGGCAUAUGCGGUUAUCAAAGCACUGUCUGUGGCUUGACCGACACGUGUCCGCUGUCUGCGUCAUGCAGAGUAGAAAGUCGGAGUCAAACAACAUCGACGUCUCUCCGUCGGAACCCAAUAAGGCAUGAGUCAGUUCACCCAGACACCAGUCCAGAGUUUGCCACACCAUCGGAGGCGCCGCUGGACUUCGGGCAUGUUGUGCAGAAGCAAUAUCGUGUCCAGGCGGGUCGCUCCGCUCCGACGGUGUUCCGUCUUGAUACUCCAGCAUCGUCACCAGUCACCACUUCUGCUAAGGGCCCAGAGUGUGGCGUCUCCCCUGUUGUUCGGUCGCCUCGCGGCGCGAGCAGUCCCAGCCACCGCCCCGCUGGGCCGGCUUCACCGUCUUGCACGAUGAGCGGACGAAGCUCAGGUGGGGGCAGCUGUCGUCGACCUCGUGCCUCUUCGCCAACGUUUUUCUCGAACAGAAGCAGUGGCUCCACGUCGCCGGCCUCGCCCUUCGCUCAUACGUCAAAGUCUGCAGCUUCGGGAUCUCCGUUCACUAGGUCAGCCGCCUCUCACGGUGGUACACCCAAGAAUGGAACCGCCGACGCCUCCAUUGGAGCGUCGCCAGCGGCACCUGCGGGAGCGUGGACUCCGUUUCGCGCGAAUCUGUUUUCACCCGGAAGCGCGGUUGAACCUACUCCAGUUCCGUACUCCCCUAUUGACGCCAUUUCACCUUUUAACGGCUCACACGCCGUUCAUGUCAAAUCGCCACGGGCGGCACCGACCGUGUUGGGAGACCGGCCGCAGUCGCCCUCUGCUUUGCACCGCAACUCGCCCUCAAUGGGGACGGCGUUGGAAAGCCUAUACUCGGCGUCAGGGUCCCCGUCGGAGACCCGGGCAACUGGAACUCGCCUGCCCUUGCUGGCGCCAUUAUUUGGCGUUCCCCCAGUCUCUCCGCAGUCAGCACGAGGUGGCGAUUCAGGCGGAGGUCGUGGUUCAAAAGGGCAGUUAGGAUCAAAUUCCCCUUUUUUCCAGCGAGGAUCGCCUUUCUUCCCGUCGCCUUCUGCCUCACCUGACCGCGCCGACUCACCGUUGGUCCACCGCCACGGUGAUAUGGCGCCGUCAUCCCGGACCGAACCUAACGCGCUGGUGGAGACGAACCUGUCACCUACUUCUACUGGGCGAAGCCUCACAAUCGCUUCGCGUGCUAACAUCUUGCCGACGUCUGCUACAGAGGCAUGUGCUGCUGCGGCAGCCACGGCUGCGAAGAUUCAUUCAGCUGAGGCGGUGAACGCGGCAAAUAGAGCCCACAAGACUGGAGUAACUGCAACGUCAUCCGCUGCCCUACAGGUUCCUGGAAGUGACUCUCAUGUUGUCUCACCCUUUUUCUCCUCCCCCACGAUAUCUGGUACCCGCCACAGUGAGCCCGGUGCCUCUCCGUUGUCCCGCCUCGUCGCGUGUCCUCGUCCUGAAUAUGGAACCUCACCAAAAACGCCAGGAGUUGUUGGAAACCAGUCCAAUGCUCUGGAUGACACCUCAGGAGUUACCUCGCUGCGACAGCAGAAUUCCUGCAGCGGCACGGAGCCCUCUUUUCCCGCAAUCUUAGCAGCUUCGCCUCAAGCGGCGAAACUCAAUACGAAGAUAGAGCACCGUAAUGCCGUAGAUAUGCUUUCUCCCAAAUCCUCUGUUCACAGCUCUCAGAUACUCUCAAACCCAAGUAGGGCACCCCCUACUCUUGAUGCCUUGCCUUCACUCUCUCCAGUAGCUGCUGCGGCGGCUUCUGCCUUACCUCCUGAAACUUCCGCACUUGUACUCGGUCACUUUUUUCCAACCCAACUGCAGCUCAAUCCCCAAAACGAGGCGGCCCGGUCAAGAUCAUCGUCUCCGCUCCUCACUCCGCGUGCGGCUGCCACAGCGGCGGCUGCACGCAUUCGGGCAGAAGCAGCAGCCGCCGCUGCUACAGCCGCAGCUGAUAGGGCUGCCGCUGCGGCUCGAUCGUCUGUAUCUCCACGAGCCGUUGAUGCUUCGCGUCGAGCAGCAGAUGCAGCAGCUGCAGCGGUGGCAGCGGCGCGAAGAUGCGCCUCGACCUCUCCCAGGAUAGCCGCAGCCUCAGAACGGACAGCGGCGGCGAUCGCUGCCGCAGCAGCGGCGUCCGCUGCCGCCGCCGGGAGCGCUAAAGACAUCACUGAAGCCAGGCGACGGGCUGUGCCUGUCGCAGCUGCUGCAGCUGCGGUUGCCGCUGCGAGACAGCGAGCCGCAGCCGCGGGUACCGCUUCAGAGUUCCUCUCCUGUUUCAGUGCCAUCACAAGAAGGGGAUCGGCAUUGUCACCGGCUUCGGGUGGAAGAGAGAGUCAGAAACUCUUGCCUGCCGGCACUGCUAUCCCACAGCCCAACAAAGCGCUAGGCCGGUCCAUCUUUUCUGUAGCUGCCGCUGCAGCGUCCGCAGCGGGGGCCGCUGCAGUGCGAGGCGCUCGGGGGUUGCCAUUUGUCUCGCCUGGGCGUACGAUAUGUCGGAAAAAAUCCGGUGAACCCUCGGAAUUCUCCCAUCCAGAAACAGACAAGACCCCAUUACCCGUGGCGGCCGAUACUCUGACGCCAGCCUCACCAGGCUCCCGAAUUGCGGCAGUGCUGAGAACAUCGUCGCCGAAGUCGCCAGCGCCUCCUCAGGCACCUCAAAACAGAGGGUCUUCUCCAGAUGACAACAAGGUUCGUCAUCGUCCAACGUUGACACCGUUUUUCGCUGAGCAAGGGGGGCGGACUGAAGACACGCAUUAUGGACAAGACCACCGAGGCGACACUAAUAACUCUGCCCUCAUAACAGCUCGUGGGGAACAGGGGAGACAGCUGCGGCGUUCGCGCCGUUCAGGAGGCACUGCUGCGCACGUGGUGAUGGAACACGACGGUGACCGACAACACGCUCAGCCGUCAAACGACUCGCGGGGGCCAGGCGUGGAGGAGAUUCGCGUCCUUAAAGCAUGGACUCACGCGGACACUGCAGAAGUAGAGGGCAGAUCAGCUGAUUGUGGAAAUGUUCUCAGAGAUUCGGCUGCGCUUCAGGCAGCUCUCAGGAGCCCCGAGCAGCGAUUCCCCGUUUGGGUGCUUUGUCGGGAGCUCAUUGCUCGACGUACAUACAGAGCAAAGACGUAUGUGCUUGACGGCGUACCAUUUGACCGAUGGAGGCUCCAAGUUGUCCCCACGAUGGGUGCUUCCACUACAUCAACGCGCUGUCAACGAAUGUGGAAAGGCCGACUGCCUUCCGGGCGUGCGGUAUUCGUGAAGAAGGUCCCCUCGUCGGUCUGGGAGCAGCAGUGGCGUUUGACUCAGAGAUACAAAGGAUUCUUUUUGACCGACGGUGAAAACUUUGUUGGAGAGGCUGCUAUUUCUGCUUUCCUCACAGACUGCGGUCCUGCAUGUGCUGCUCCGCUCCUAGCGGUUCUUCAUGAGGACGGAAAUUACCUAGAGGGUCCGAGCGUCACCCGUACUGACUCUGAAGCCACAGAAACUGGUUCAACUACCAGUCGCGUCGUUCUAGUGAACCAAGUGUUCGGACAAGGAGAUCUUCUAGAUUUCUUCGAUAGUGCAGAUCCGGAGGUGUUCACCCCGGCGUCCAAACGAAGCCUUCAAUAUUCCGUAACGCAAAUUCUCGUCUCCCUCCAUUCAGCUGGUAUUGCGCAUCUGGAUUUGACGCCAGAAAACAUUCUGGUUCACGCAUACACUGAGGCGCUUCCUUCGUCGAUGACGCCACAGUCCGGCUUCGGUGUAGGCGCACGCGGCAGUGGUGGAUCUUCUACGACACCAUCUGCAAAGUUGUCAGGCGGAUCUGUCAGGCGCGUGCAGCUGAAGGUGUGUGACCUUGCAAAAGCGGCACCCCUCUUUAACCAUUCUCCUUUUCGCUUGCCUCCGUGCAUUCUCAAGGCGCACUUCGGCGACUCUGGCCAAGAAACCCCGGUAUCCUCUACGGCAGCACAGCCUUUUCUGAGCUGCGAGCCGACAGUAGCCAAGGGGCCAUAUAUGCCCCCUGAAUGCUGGAGAAUUGUCUAUAUUCUCAGAGCACUAGGAAUUACAGCGCCGUUCGCGCAAGUGGGAGAACCUCUUCUUACUACUGGAAGGCCGCCACCGCCUCUGUAUCUCAAGGAUCCCUCUCAAUCAACCGCGCAACUUUUCGGAGCGGUGCAUGAUCCGAUCGAUGUUUCUGCAGGCGUAGAUGCCGCUGAAUUGUUUUUUGACGUACGAAAGGCUGAUGUCUAUAUGCUCGGUGUCCUGCUGUUCUGGAUUUGGGCGGAAGGAGCCAUCUGGACUUGCUCUGAUCCACGACAAGAUGCACAGUACAAUGAUUUGCUACAGUGCGGCAUGGAGUUCAGCAUCUUCACGGACUGCGAUGGCUGGCCACCCGAGCUACGUCAUCUGCUCAAGGGUGCCCUCGACCCUGAUCCCACUCGCCGCGUGACGUUACCGGAGAUUCUUCAGCACCCUUGGUGGACAUGUAGCCUUGCUGCUACUGGACAAGAGGCUGCGCUGACUUCCUGAUCGAGGUUCCCACAAACGCGCGGUCCACCAGAUGAGGCAACAGAAGCGUAAUUCGCUUGUCAUUACUGGGAUACGCUGGUUGCCCAUAGAGAGAAGCAAAAACUUCAAACGGUCGUCCAAGUCCUGUUGAAACCCAAACUCAAUUCCGGCACCGACGCCAGCUCGCGAAGCCUUUGUAGACAACAGAGGCGCGAGAGCGUCCACAAUCUAUGUGAUUCAUUUUACAGUGUCGAUAUCACAUACGUCAAUGGGUCUGUUGUCCAACGCCAGCAAACCAAGUUUCCUGUU